UUGAUUGUAUACACCUGUGUCCAUGGAGGGGAUUGGAACACCUGAAUCACAUGAUUAGGAGGGGAUUGGAACACCUGAAUCACAUGAUUGGGAGGGGAUUGGAACACCUGAAUCACAUGAUAUGGAGGGGAUUGGAACACCUUAAUCACAUGAUUGGGAGGGGAUUGGAAAACCUGAAUCACAUGAUUUGGAGGGGAUUGGAACACCUGAAUCACAUGAUUGGGAGGGGAUUGGAACUCCUGAAUCACAUGAUAUGGAGGGGAUUGGAACACCUGAAUCACAUGAUAAGGAGGGGAUUGGAACACCUGAAUCAUAUGAUAUGGAGGGGAUUGGAACACCUGAAUCACAUGAUUUGGAGGGCGGGCUCAAUACUUUUGGCAAUUUAGUGUACCUACAGAAG